GAAAAACAUAAGGACGAAAGAGAAAGAGAAAGAGAAAGAGAAAGAGGUUAUAAAAGAAAGAAAGAUUUUGAAAAAUCUAAAAAGAGAAAAAAAAACUCAAGCCUCAAGACUCUCGAUCAAGUUGUCAAGUUUACGCAUACAAGAGGAAUGACGAAUAUGGGAUUGACACACAAUUGUGUCUCUCCAAAGCCUAAGCCUGGUUUUGCUUGAUCGCUUCAAAGCGUAUGUCGAUAGUAAAGCUCAAAGCCAACGUUCAAUCACAUAGCAGGUUUCAUUUUAAAGAGGAGUUGACGGUGGAGGAAAGGUAAUGUCAUGGUGAAGUGAUACGCAAGGUUUGCGUUUACAAGAGCAAUAAUAUGUUUGAGGAAAGACAAUUGCUGCGACUCAUUUUGAAAAGAUUCUUUCAUCUUCUACUUGUCCAUGUGCUUUGUUUAGACUCCAUUAUACUCUCUUGUUUUGCUUUCGCGCUUAUUUCUUUUUUUUUUUGGUCGCUGUCGCUGUCGCUACCGCGGCCACCCGGCUCAUCGCUUGCACAUUGUGCGCACAUCUUCCAUAAACACAUAAAGGCGUUUCCGUCGUUUCAGUCUCUUUCGAAUACCAAAGAUUUCAUUGACUCUUUGGUGAACACGAUUUUCGUAAGUCUUACUAGAGAAAUAAUUUUUUUUCCAUUGACGUCAGGGACCGAAGGUACUGAUGAGACUGAUUGGGCUAUUACGACAGUUCGGUCAUUAUCGUUACGUUCAUCAGGUGACGAGUUUUUCCGGAUGGGGUAGCUGGACAGGAUAUAUAAGAGCUUGGCCCUUCACCAAGAGAUUUCAUCACAGGUCUAACCAAGAAAACGUAAAAA